AUGGCUGGGAAGCCUUCUUCUAGCAAUGGGAACGACCUCCUCCUCGACUUGGACGAUGAGCGACCGAUAUAUCAUGAUGGCCAACGGCCUCCCCUGAACGAUGACGACCUUUUGCGCGCAUACAAUGCGGACCAUCAAUCGAAUCCCCGACCCUCAGUAUCUUAUGAUGAUUUCGUGGGUGCUGGUGGGGAAGCACACACUCCAGCCAGACCACUUCCGGGAGGCCCUGGUACAGUUUCAGGGGUAGCAGGAGGUCCGUAUACUGGGGAUAGUUCGCAGAGAACGUAUAGUCAGACCUCGGGAUUAAACAACUACCAACGUUACGCAGACGAUCUGGACGACUUUCCUGAUGAGGGACAUUCAAUGUACUAUCAGCAGGGAGAAGCAACACCUGGAGAUGGGGCUGACGGAUCAAUGAGGGCGAAAGCACGGAAUCGGAACAGUGUAUUGACUAUGGGAGGUGGCAUUAUGGGCAAAGCGAAGAGUAUGCUGGGAAUGAAACCCGAGUAUUCGGAAAUGGACCUGCCUUUGACAGAGCCCGGAGGAACACCAAUGGUUGAUCCAACCGAGCCGGAAACUCCAAAGCAUGCAUCAAAGAAGUUCGAUGUUGGCAAUUUCAAAUUUGGAUUCGGGAGAGGCAAGCCAGACCCAUCAACAUUAGGCCCAAGGAUUAUACACCUCAACAACCCUCCUGCGAAUUUUACAAACAAAUUUGCAGACAACCACAUCUCUACGGCCAAGUACAACGUCGCUACCUUCAUACCCAAAUUUCUCUUCGAACAAUUCUCCAAAUUUGCCAAUCUUUUCUUUCUAUUUACUGCCGCGUUACAACAGAUACCCAAUAUUUCGCCCACCAAUAAAUACACUACCAUCGGGCCCUUAAUUCUAGUCUUGGCGGUUUCUGCAGGAAAAGAGUUGGUUGAGGAUUACAGAAGGAAAUCCUCCGAUAAAUCGUUGAACAAUUCGAAAGCUCGCGUUCUCAAGGGGUCCUCAUUUGUUGACAUGAAAUGGGUGAACGUUGCCGUUGGAGAUAUUGUCAGGGUGGAGUCGGAAGAACCUUUUCCGGCUGAUGUUGUUCUCCUGGCGAGUUCGGAACCGGAAGGUUUAUGUUACGUUGAAACGGCAAAUCUUGAUGGAGAGACGAAUCUGAAGAUCAAGCAAGCCAUUCCAGAGACCUGUUCUUUGAUUAGCUCAAGCGAGUUGAGCAGGCUAGGAGGAAGGUUACGUUCCGAGCAGCCAAACAGCAGCCUGUAUACGUACGAGGCCAGUAUGACUGUGGCAGCCGGUGGUGGGGAGAAAGAGCUUCCUUUGCAGCCCGAUCAACUCCUUCUUCGAGGUGCUACAUUGCGCAAUACUCCUUGGAUUCAUGGUGUCGUUGUAUUUACUGGCCACGAGACAAAACUCAUGCGAAAUGCCACCGCUACGCCAAUCAAGCGGACAGCUGUGGAACGACAGCUGAAUACGUUGGUAUUGAUGCUGAUUGGCAUUCUCGUAAUUUUGAGUGUCAUAAGUUCUAUUGGAGACCUUUUGAUACGGAUAUAUCACGGGAAGGAACUAGCCUAUCUUGAUUAUGCUGCUUCAACUUCUGCUUCUCAAAAAGUCCAACAAUUCUGGUCUGACAUUUUCACCUAUUGGGUUCUCUAUUCUGCCCUGGUACCCAUCUCGCUGUUCGUCACCGUCGAGAUGGUCAAAUACUGGCACGCAAUCCUCAUAAAUGAUGAUCUUGAUAUGUAUUACGACCAGACGGAUACGCCCGCUGUGUGCCGAACAUCAAGUUUGGUCGAAGAACUGGGCAUGGUUGAAUACAUAUUCUCUGAUAAGACUGGUACAUUGACAUGCAACCAGAUGGAGUUCAAGCAAUGCUCAAUUGGUGGUAUCCAGUAUGCAGAAACGGUCCCAGAAGAUCGCCAGGCGACAUUUCAAGAUGGGGUCGAAAUUGGAGUCCACGAUUUCAAACGAUUAAAACAGAACCUCGAGUCGCAUGAAUCGAGUGCGGCGAUACACCACUUUUUGACUCUUCUCGCGACAUGCCACACGGUCAUUCCGGAGAGAACUGACGAGAAGGGUGGAGCCAUUAAGUAUCAAGCAGCAUCGCCCGAUGAGGGUGCUUUAGUCGAAGGUGCCGUAAUGAUGGGCUAUCAAUUUACGGCUCGUAAACCAAGAUCGGUCCAAGUUACCGUAGCCGGAGAACUGUUUGAAUAUGAGCUGCUCGCUGUCUGCGAAUUCAACUCAACCCGAAAGAGAAUGUCUGCGAUCUUCCGGUGCCCAGACGGGAGGAUCAGAUGCUAUUGCAAAGGUGCAGAUACUGUUAUUCUCGAACGACUAAGUCCCGAUAAUCCCCACGUUGAAAUCACGCUGCAACAUCUCGAAGAAUACGCAUCUGAAGGUCUUAGAACACUAUGUCUCGCCAUGCGCGAGAUCCCAGAUCAAGAAUUCCAGGAAUGGUGGCAAAUUUUCGAUAAGGCACAGACCACAGUUGGUGGUAAUCGUGCAGAGGAACUAGAUAAGGCUGCAGAGAUAUUAGAGAGGGAUUUUUAUCUGUUGGGUGCGACUGCUAUCGAGGAUCGUUUACAAGACGGUGUUCCUGAAACAAUUCACACCCUUCAAGAAGCAGGCAUCAAAGUCUGGGUACUCACUGGAGAUCGACAAGAGACUGCUAUCAAUAUUGGUAUGAGUUGUAAAUUGAUUAGCGAAGAUAUGACGCUCUUAAUUGUCAAUGAGGAAUCUGCAGGAGCAACUCGGGAUAACAUACAGAAGAAGCUUGAUGCUAUUCGAAAUCAAGGUGAUGGUACCUUUGCCCUGGACACUUUGGCUCUUGUCAUUGACGGAAAAUCAUUGACCUAUGCUCUGGAGAAAGAUCUGGAAAAGAAUUUUCUGGACCUUGCUGUUAUGUGCAAGGCAGUCAUCUGCUGCCGUGUUUCACCACUCCAAAAAGCUUUGGUCGUUAAGCUCGUGAAGCGUCACCUGAAGGCUAUUUUGUUGGCUAUUGGUGAUGGUGCAAAUGAUGUUUCGAUGAUCCAAGCGGCACACAUAGGAGUGGGUAUCAGUGGCAUGGAAGGUUUACAGGCGGCGCGGAGCGCGGAUGUUGCCAUCGGCCAAUUUAGAUAUUUACGGAAGUUACUGCUCGUCCAUGGAGCCUGGAGCUACCAAAGGAUAAGCAAGGUUAUUCUAUUUUCGUUCUACAAGAACAUCACCUUGUACAUGACACAAUUCUGGUACUCAUUUCAGAAUGCCUUCUCUGGAGAAGUCAUCUACGAGUCCUGGACCCUUUCUUUCUACAACGUGUUCUUCACCGUUCUGCCGCCGCUUGCGAUGGGUAUCUUCGACCAAUUUAUCUCGGCGCGCCUUUUGGACAGAUAUCCCCAACUUUAUCAAAUCGGACAAAAGAAUACAUUUUUCAAAAUGCACUCAUUCUUUUCCUGGGUCGGCAAUGGAUUCUACCAUUCAUUGAUCCUAUACAUUGCGUCUGAAUGCAUCUGGUGGCGAGAUCUCCCGCAGGGCGAUGGUAAAACUGCAGGCCAUUGGGUUUGGGGUACAGCACUUUACACGGCAGUCCUUGCGACCGUUCUGGGCAAGGCAGCACUGGUAACUAACAUAUGGACCAAGUACCACGUGAUAUCCAUACCUGGCAGCAUGGUAAUUUGGAUGAUCUUUAUCGCAGUAUAUGCCACUGUGGCACCAAAGCUGGGAUUUUCAGAAGAAUACGAAGGAGUCGUCCCUCGAUUGUUCCCGAGCCCGGUCUUCUGGCUGCAACUACUCGCCUUGCCGAUUCUGUGUCUAUCCCGCGACUUUGCAUGGAAGUAUGCGAAACGAAUGUACUACCCGCAGACAUAUCAUCACAUUCAAGAGAUCCAGAAGUACAAUAUCCAAGAUUACCGGCCUCGGAUGGAACAAUUCCAAAAAGCAAUCCGCAAGGUUCGGCAAGUACAGCGCAUGCGAAAACAGCGUGGGUAUGCUUUCUCGCAAGCAGAUGAGUCGCAGACAAGGGUACUGCAAGCGUACGAUACCACGAGAGAGAGAGGUAGAUAUGGAGAAAUGGCGAGUUCGAGACCCAAGGGGAGGUGA